AUGAACCACCGAAGCAAAGGCCAACUCAUGUGCCGACUCGAAGGAUGUCCGCACGAAGUCCUCUUCAAGACCGUCGACUCAGGAGGAGGCUCAGGAGGAGGCUACGUCGACCCUCUCGAGCGGCGGGCCAGUAUCAUCAGAGAUAGAAAUGGCCACACUCUGCAGGGCAGAGGAUCGCCGGCUGGAGCUGGAGCUGCGGGUGGAGGAGGGUAUGACGCGAGAUGUCCCGUUCCCGAAUGCAGCCAGGCGAGACUUCAGUAUUUGGAUCCAGCCUACGAAUCAAGACAUGGUGAUUCUCUGCCGGUGUAUCAGAGGUGGGAGUACUGUGCUGAUCAUGGGUGCCGUGCCGAUGGAUGUAAGAAACUGGUUCUUGAGAAACAGAUUUGCUGUGAAGAGCGGGAAAUAUCCCUAUUGUGCCAUCCAGCAAGGCAUAAUGUCGCCGACACAAAGGAGUACCUCAGAUUUUGCGUCGAUCAUGCAACCUGCGCGGUAAACCGCUGCAAAGACAUGAAGAUCGAGCAAUCGCUUUACUGUGCAAAUCAUACAUGUAGGGAGAGGGGCUGUAGCAAAAGUAGCCAGUCGAAGCCGUUUUGCAGUGAGCACUGCUGCGCGGAGGUCAACUGUCGAUAUCCAAGACCUUGGGCAGCUAGUCCAAACCCAAGGGGAAAAUUCUGCCCGUUGCAUUGUCCCGAGUUCGUCGACCGCUUAGCCAUCUUUUGCAGGACUCACGGCUGCUCCAAACCUAAAUGCCACGAAGAAGUCAUCGUCGAGGGCUUCUGUCUCGACCACCUCAAAGCCCACUACAUCACCCAAGGCGAACUCAAAGCUCGCGGCGGAUCCUCCUCAUCUCCCAAAGACUCACCCACAACCACCACCGGCCACCCAACCACCAUGACGACCCGCCCAAACCCGGCACAACCCCCCACUUUCCCCCGCCGCCUCUCCCAACAAUCCAUCGCCUCCAUCCGUCCCGGUCCGGGUCCAGGCCAACGCCCAACUUCCAUCCUCCUCCACGGCCACGCCCACGAAAUCCUCAUUCCCCCUGACGAACACCCUGACGAGUUGCUCGACCAUUCUCGUGAUGACCCUAUCCGGUUCCAGCUCAACCAAGUCGUCGCCCAGCAACACGCCCGUCAGGCUUAUCAGGCUCACGUCGACGAUCCGGAUCCCGACCUGGACAAUGACGACAACGAAGAUAACGACGACGACGGCGACGACGACGACUUAAAUGACCACCAUCUUCCCCCCAAUCUCAACCCCAGUAAACCAGGAGGAGGAAGUGGUAGUGGUAGAAGUUCCCUAUCCAGCGAAGCCGUGUCUGCUCUCUCUGAUAAUGAGAAUAUCGGCGCAGCAGGGAUAGUGAAUGGUUCUCUGGUUAACGGUAACGGUGGUGGUGGUGCUGAAAGCCCGGGUGAUCCGCCCGAGUAUAGCAAGGUUGCUGCUCCUGGUUCGAUUGUGAGUGUUGGACAGGGACAGGGACAGGCACAGGGACAAGGGCAAGGGCAAGGGCACGGGGAAGGAGGAGAGACGAAGACUGGGGGCGGAAGUAGAAGAGAGGAGAGGGAGAGGGAGAGGAAUAGGAGGAAGGUGCUGGAGAGGGAUGGUGGGACUGGGACUGGAGGAGGUGUUGGGAUGCCGGGGAGUUUUGUUGGGGGAGGGGACGGAAAAGGGGAGGAUAGUGAUGGGUGGUGA